AUGAUCAAAGAACGUCUUCCUGAGGCUGUCCAGCAAUGUAUCCACGCCGCUGCCGGGAAACAUGAGCCUGCAAUACAAAGAGGACUGCUCAGGGUGAGUAUAGUUUCGGAGGUAGUCAUGGCAACCACAUGAUCCCAUGUUCAGUUGCUACGUUUCGAUUCUCACAGCCACCCGCCCCGAGGGGGUGAGGGAGUUGUUGACAAGUUUAAGGUUUCUUACACAGUGAUUGGUGUUCUGUAAACUGCUAGAUAAAUUUACCAUUGUUUGAAAAAUACAUUAUCUGUUUUCCGUGGCAAAAUCACCACCUCCUACUAAAAAUGUUUUGGUUAAUCUGCUGAAGUUCCUUCGGUUGGACAUAAAUCGUUGAACGUGAUGCCGUGAAAAGAAAAUCUGUACUCAGUAUAUCUGGGUAAUUUGAAUUGAAAGCGAAGAGCGGCAAUAGUUCGUCCAUUAUGUUUCUAUUUGAGGAGUGUAGUAAGAGACAUAAAGGACUUCAUUAAUGCUUUCGACGAACGCGUCAUUCAGUGAUUUUUCAGUUAUACAGGAUCGAUGAAUUGAAAGUAUAGCAAGUCUCAGCGAGUGGGCAACAUUCGCCGAUAACACUGCUCUCUUACCAUCUACCAGCGAAGUUUGUAACGUCGCUUGGUCAGAGAUUUUAGGCGGGAAAUAUUUCUCGUGUAACAUGUCAUGUGUCCUCGUAGUAACCAAUAAGACCGCUCCGGCGGUCGAUGUUGGGGAAAAUUCCACCUAUAGUAUAACCGGGUUUUUUUUUACUGAUCUCAGCUGUAAUCUUUUCUUCUCUUUGCUAGGCUGCUUCCUUCGGUGAGAGUUUUCUAACUGAUGUGCCGCCACACGCGUUUGUUUCGAUGUGCCGGAAUCUUAGAGUGUUAAACGCCGUGCGGGAUUACAUGGUUGGCAUUCCACUUACAUAUGGACAGUAUCCUUUAUCUUAA